GUCCGAGCGAAGAGUCGGACCAAAAGUGUCGUGAAUUGUGUGAAGAGAUGUCGGCUCUGAAGGCAAGCAAUGAGUCCGAAGUGAAGGCAUUGAAAGCACAGCUCAAGUCAGCCAUCGACUCAAUGCAUACAAUAAAGAAAGAGAUCAAUGAUUUGAAACAAAAAUUUUCGACUUGUGAUAAGAGUAAUCAGGAAGUGGUCACAGAUUUAUGCGAUUUAUCUGUGAAUACCAUUAUUAUUAGUGAAGAGAUGUCAGCUUUGAAAGCAUAUAAUGAGUGCGAAAUGAAGACAUUAAGGGCACAGAUCAGCACAUCUGGGGAUUCAAUGCAGACAAUGGCCGAAGAGAUCAAUGAUUUAAUACAAAAGUUGUCGACUUUAGAUAAA